UGCCACGUGUAGUUUCAUUCAACCCGGCCAUGAGCUACGACAUCUCGUUUAUAAAUGCAGCCCCUGAACCGCUCCAUUUAGGAUCAAUCUUGAUUAUCUUUCCUUCCAUAGAGCUCUCUGUUUAUAUUGUUCGUUCAAAUUGCUAUACCCUCCCCCGGUUCUUCUAAACUACGUACAGUGUUUUUGAAGGCAUUAGUUGAAAGAUGGAGUUUGACUUGACACCCAAGUUGGCUGUGAAGAUAUUUGAGGGAGAUGGCGGAGCAUACUACAAUUGGUCAACUUCUGAAAUUCCUUUACUUGGUGAGGCCAAGGUUGGUGCUGGUAAGCUUGUUCUGCAGCCACGCGGCUUUGCUCUUCCUCACUAUGCAGAUUCUUCCAAACUCGGUUUUGUUCUUCAAGGUAGUGAUGGAAUAGUGGGAAUGGUAUUUCCUAACACAGGAGAGGAGGUGGUGUUGAAACUCAAGAAAGGAGAUGUCAUACCAGUGCCAAUGGGAGCAGUCUCAUGGUGGUUCAAUGAUGGAGAUUCUGAGUUGGUUGUACUCUUCUUGGGCGAAACAUCUAAGAGCUACGUUCCCGGCGUGUUCACCUACUUCUUGUUAAGUGGAACUCAAGGUAUUCUCGGAGGCUUCUCGCCGGAGUUUCUUAGCAUAGCAUAUAACACAAACAAAGACGAUGCAAAAAAGCUCGCGAAAAGCCAAACGGGGGCCCUCAUAAUAAAGCUACAGGAAGGAAAAAGCAUGCCGAAGCCCAACGUAGAAAACACCAGAAAAAUGGUUUAUAACAUUGAUGCUGCAUUGCCUGAUAUUCGUGUUAAAAACGGCGGAGCAGUCACUGCAUUGACGGAGCACAAGUUUCCUUUCCUUGAACAAGUUGAUCAGCUGAGCGCCAGCCUCGUUAAACUUGAUGCUGAAGCAAUGCGUUCACCAUUAUAUGCUGCUGAUUCUGCAGUUCAGCUGAUUUAUGUUGUGAAAGGAAGUGGUCGUGUUCAGAUUGUGGGCAUCAAUGGGAAGCGCGUCUUGGACGUGGAAGUAAAGCCUGGUCAUUUGCUUCUUGUGCCAAGAUUCUUCGUUGCCGCCGAACUUGCAGGCGCAGAUGGACUCGAGUAUUUCUCUAUAAUAACAAAUAAGCAGCCUGUCCUCGAAGAGUUUGCUGGCAAGGCAUCGGUGUGGGACGCGUUAUCUCCGGCGGUCUUAGAAGCCUCCCUCAGUGUAUCUCCAGAGUUCGGGGAGCUUUUCAAGUCAAAAAUGCAAAAGACCACAGUCCUUAUCCCUCCACGGAAUUAAUUGAAUCCUUGCCGAUUGUACUACGCAGUUAAUUACAUAUUAUGUUGUUUCCAUUAAAAUAAAAUAAAUUAAUAAAUAAAUAGUUUUCAUGGCUCUGAAAUAAAUAUCUCCCAAAGAUUUUACUUU